CGGCCAACAGGAGGCGGAGCUGAGACGCUCCGCAGGGAUAUAAACGCAAAGCAGCAGCCGCGCUGCAGCAGGAAUGAACAACAAUAUCAGGAGACACUUCGAGCACAGAGCAAGAUACUCUUUUGAUCUCUCGAUAUUUUUCUUCACUUAACAUAAGGUUUCAGGGUCAGGAAGAUGGCCACCUCAGCAAGUUCAAAGCUGAGCAAAGCUGUUAAGCAGCUCUACAUGGAUCUCCCUCAGGGAGAAAAGGUCCAAGCCAUGUACAUAUGGAUCGAUGGAACAGGAGAGGGACUGAGAUGCAAGACCAGAACCUUGGAUUUCGAACCGAAAUCCAUCGACGAUCUUCCUGAGUGGAAUUUUGACGGCUCCAGCACGUACCAAUCAGAGGGCUCCAACAGCGACAUGUACCUCAUUCCGGCGGCCAUGUUCAGGGAUCCCUUCAGAAAGGACCCCAACAAGUUGGUCCUCUGUGAGGUGCUGAAAUACAACCGUAAGCCAGCAGAAACCAACUUGCGGCGGAGCUGUAAACAGAUCAUGAGGAUGGUGGAGAACAACCACCCAUGGUUCGGCAUGGAGCAGGAAUACACCAUCCUGGGGACAGACGGACAUCCCUUCGGCUGGCCCUCCAAUGGCUUCCCAGGACCACAAGGACCUUAUUAUUGUGGCGUUGGAGCCGAUAAAGCGUACGGACGGGACAUAGUGGAGGCCCACUACAGAGCCUGUCUGUACGCGGGGGUCCAGAUCUGUGGAACGAAUGCUGAAGUCAUGCCUGCUCAGUGGGAGUUCCAGGUCGGCCCCUGUGAAGGCAUCAACAUGGGGGACCACCUCUGGAUCGCUCGCUUCAUCCUGCACAGAGUCUGUGAGGAUUUCGGCGUGGUGGUUUCAUUUGACCCCAAACCCAUCUCAGGGAACUGGAACGGCGCUGGGUGCCACACCAACUUCAGCACAAAGGAGAUGCGUGAGGAGGGGGGACUCAAAGUCAUCGAGGAGUCGAUUGACAGACUGGCAAAGAGACACAUGUACCACAUACGGGCUUACGACCCCAAAGGCGGGCUCGACAACGCCAGGCGCCUGACUGGUCAUCACGAAACCUCAAAUAUCGAUGAAUUCUCCGCCGGCGUGGCCAACCGCGGAGCCAGCAUUCGCAUCCCCCGUUUGGUGGGACAGGAGAAGAAGGGCUACUUCGAAGACCGCCGUCCGUCCGCCAACUGUGACCCCUACAUGGUCACAGAGGCGCUGGUGCGCACCUGCGUGCUGAAAGAAGAAGGCGACGAGCCAACAGACUACAAUAAAUGAGUGAUCCACCAGGAAGUGUCACUAUUUAUACUGUAUUUAGUCAUGCGUCUAUUUUAAGACUCAGUAGAAAGACUUUAUUCGUCUUUAAUUUUGUACUUGACAGAUGAAAUAGUUGAGGUGUCCCUUCAUGAAGUUGUACGCAUCAACUGGCACAAUCACUGCCUUCUAUCACUAGUGGGUUUAUGUUACAGUAUUAAGUGAUCCUUUCUUUAGUUGUCCAACAUCACGAUCUCUUUAACUUCUACUAAUGUAAACUAUUAAAGUGCCUCAGCUGUUUGCUGUUGCCCUUAAUAACUCUCAGCCAAAGGAUCCUAAAGGCAUUUGAAUGUUUCAGCGACCUUUGACCUCCAUUUACGGUUGGGUCGCCGUCAAAAA